AUGAGGGUAAAAUGCAUCUAUUGCCUGCAAAGUAGGCCACAUCCUCGUUUGGCUCGAGGUGAGAAUUAUUCAUGUGGAUACAAACCAUAUCGAUGUGAAAUUUGCAAAUAUAGUACCACAACAAAGGGUAAUUUGAGUAUUCACAUGCAAAGUGAUAAACAUCUACAUGCUAUGCAAGAAAUGCCUUCAAUUGUAUCAGAGAAAGAUCGAAGCCGUCCAGCACUUGGCGAUAUUUCUGUGCUACAUGGAAUGUAUCAGUGUAAUUUGUGUCCAUAUAAUACAAGUUUAAAGGCGAAUUUCCAGUUGCAUACGAGAACUGAUAAGCAUAUUCAAAAGGUUCAAAUGGUCUGUUUUCUUCAAACUUUUAGUGAAAAAUAUUUUAUUCAGUAA